GUUCUCGAGUUCAAUUCAUCUUUUUAAACAUCUUUUUACCACUAAUUAUGCCACCUAGAUUUGGAGGAGCACCUAAAUGUCCACGUUGUGAGAAAUCUGUCUAUAUGGCAGAACAGGUUAUUGGACCAGGAGGACCUUGGCAUAAUUACUGUUUGACUUGCAAAGAAUGUAAUAAACGUUUAGACUCGACCACGUUGACAGAAAAGGACAAUGAGGCAUAUUGUAGAACUUGCUAUACUCGUAAAUGGGGACCGAAAGGAUAUGGGUUCGCUGGAGGUGCGGCAUUUUUAAGCACAGAGGACAAAAUGCCAAGUGAAAUAUUAGAAGAAAAGGAUUUAAUCGGACACCAAAGCUCUGCAAGAGAUCAAGAGCCCAGUUUACCUUUGCAUCAAGAGGUAUCGUCACCUAAUGUACCUCAGCAACAGGAGCAGCAGCGGAAAGCACCACCUGCUUUACCUGCACGUCGAGAAGUACCUUUACCACCUCGUCAGAUAUCCCCUCCUUUACCUUCUCGUCAAGAAAGCUUCAGAGAAGAAGCAUCCUCGACAAGUGCUAGUAGUCCAGCAGCAGCAGCAGCAGCAAACCAUAUACCUAGUAUAAAGAAACCCGGGUAUAUAAGUCAACACACUGGCUAUGUGCCACGCAAACUCAACUUUCAAUCACAGAACGAUAUUUGCACUGGGUGUAAGAAGGCCGUGUAUGCUGCAGAAUUAGUAUUGGGUGCGGGUAAUAAGUAUCAUAAGGCCUGUUUGAAAUGCUGUGAUUGUGGUAAACGUUUGGAUUCGACCAACAUGGUGGAUCGCGAUUUUGAUCUUUAUUGCAGAGGAUGCUAUUCGAAGUCGUUUGGGCCUAAAGGAUAUGGGUAUAAUAAUUUGUUAUCCACGGAGGGUGCUACACGCUAAAAAGACAUAGUAGUAGUAGUAGAUAGUAGCUCCUAGUAGUAGUGGCAGUGGUAGUGCCCGAUGAGUUUAAAAAUAAAUAAAUUGCCAGCUUUUUUUGUGUGUAUCGAA